CACCUUGCUCCGGAAAUGAAAACUGCAUACUCGGGGUGAAGGUCAGAGUGCGGAGCGUUUGUUUCUUUCUUGCGUAGUUUGGUUGCGAGGUGUCCCUUACCCUGUCCUCAGAGUUUUGGGAGUGUCUAUCGAGUUUCUAGCCCCGCAGCUGCCUCUCCACCCGGAACAGUUCCGGAAGUCGCGUUACAGGUCAGGAUUGACUCCAGAGACUCAUGUUGCCUGAGCAAGAAGCCUGGAAGGGGAGGAGGAAGAAUAAAGAAAAGGAGUCCGGAAUGGCUGUUUCUCAGGGACCAUUGACCUUGGAGGAUGUGACCAUCGAGUUCUCUCCGGAGGAGUGGGCCUGCCUGGACCCUGCCCAGAGGGCCUUGUACAGGGGCGUGACUUUGGAGACCUUCAGGAGCCUGAUUGAUGUGGGAAUGCUUAAACCCCAUAAUGAAAAUCUCACUGUUAAGAAAGAUCGACGUAGUAGAAAUUUUGCACAAAGGAAGACUACUGAAAACAUGUUUACAAUAAGCUGUCAUGAUGUACCAUGUAUUUUUAAAAGUGAAGAGAUAAUAGAAGAAUUUAAUCAAAAUGACAAGAAUAUGAGCAGGAAGCCUUCAUUUUCACCACUCCAAGGAAUUUCUUCUAGUGUCCAAAGCAGUGUUUCUCAUGCACUUGAAAAUGAUUUUGUGCAUUCUUCAAUAGUGACACAAGACCAGGAGACACAGAUGGAAAGACCUUAUAAAUGUAAUGCAUGUGGGAAAACCUUUGAUUAUUGCUCCCUUCUCUCACAGCUCUGGAUAAUCCAUACAGCAAUAAAAGCAUAUAAAUGUGAUGUACGUGGUAAAGUCUUUGGGCAACAUUCAUACAUGGCACAUUGUCAGAGAAUUAUUACUGGAAAGAAAUCUUACACAUGUAAGGAGUGUGGGAAAACCUUUUGUUACUGCUCACUCCUCUCACAUCAGAUAACUCAUACAGGAGCAAAACCAUAUAAAUGUGAAGUAUGUGGGAGAAAUUUUAGUCAAAAUUCAUCCCUUAAAAGUCAUCAGAGAAUUCACACUGGAGAGAAACCUUACAAAUGUAAAGAAUGUGGCAAGGCCUUUAGUCGUAAAACAUCCCUUGCACAUCAUCAGAGACUUCAUACUGGAGAGAAACCUUACAAAUAUAAUGAGUGUGGGAAAAGCUUUUCUUCUUCCUGCUUCAGGCAGCAUAAACUAAUCCACACAGGAGCAAAGCCAUAUAAAUGUGAUGUAUGUGGGAAAGCCUUUCAUAGAAGAUCACACCUUUCAAAUCAUUGGAGAAUUCAUACUGGAGAGAAUCCUUACACAUGUAAUGAGUGUGGGAAAACCUUUUCUUCUUCCUCCUGCUUCAAGAAACAUAAACUCAUCCACACAGGAGCAAAGCCAUAUAAAUGUGAUGUAUGUGGGAAAGCCUUUCGCAGAAGAUCACACCUUUCAGUUCACCAGAGAAUUCAUACUGGAGAGAGACCUUACACAUGUAAUGAGUGUGGGAAAACCUUUACUCAGGGUUCCACACUCAAGAGUCAUCAGAUGACCCAUACAAAAGAUAUAUUAUGUAAUUGUGAUGCAUGUGUCACAGUCUUCAGUAGAAAGUCUCACUGUACUAUUCCGAAGAAAAUUCAGACUGGAGAGAAAUGUCAAAACUGCAGUGAGUGUGGGAAGAUCCUUGGUCAAAAGAGCCUUUCUUUGCACCAGAGAAUUCAUUCUGGAGAGAAGCCUUGCAAAUGUAAUGAGUGUGGGAAAACCUUUCUUUACCGCUGUCUCCUCUCAAUACAUCAGAUAACCCAUACAGGAGCAAAACCAUAUAAAUGUGAAGCGUGUGGGAAACACUUUGGUCUCAGUUCAUCCCUUAAAGUUCAUUGGAGAAUUCAUACUGGAGAGAAAUCUUACAAGUGUAAUGACUGUGGCAAGGCCUUUAAUCAAAGAACAACCCUUGUGAAUCAUAAGAGGCUUCAUGCUGGAGAGAGACCUUAUAGAUGUAAUGAGUGUGGCAAAGCCUUUCGUUACAAUUCAUCCUUUUCAAAACAUCAGAGAAUUCAUACUGGAGAGAAACCUUACAAAUGUAGUGUGUGUGGAAAAAGUUUUACUCAGGGUUUCUCUCUUGAGAGCCAUCAGAUGAUCCAUACAAAAGAAAUAUUGCAUUAGUGUGAUGCGUGUGUCAGGGUCUUUAGUAAGAAGCCCUACGUUACUUUUUCUGUGAAAAUUCAUACUGGAGAGAAAUGUCAACAAUGUAAUGCGUAUGGGAAGAUCCUUGGUCAAAAAGGCCUUUCUGGAUGGAAUUCUUGUUGAGGCUCUGUGGUAACAACCUCGACUAGUGUCCAUGAGAAUGUAGGUUCGAUCCUGGUCCUGCUCAGUGGGU